AAAGUUAUUCAACUAUUGCUCCCAGUAAAUGUAAAAUAGCGUUUUAGAAACAUGUUACCAAAAAAUUAGACAAUAUUUUGCGAACACUCAAUAAGUGAACGAUCAUGUCUGCAUCCCUAACACAGACAUCAUUAUCGAACAUCGCACUGUUGUCGGAUUUACCUUCAUUCAUUCGUUUACACCAACGUGUCAGUGUCGCUGUACCUACUACCAACCAACCGCAAUGUCUGAAGUUGCCGCCGAAGCCGCUGCCGCAGCUCCUGCUGCCUCGCCAGCCAAGGCCAAGAAGCCAAGGGCCCCUAAGGGACAGGGCAAGCCGAAGAAGCCAUCGACCCAUCCUCCAGUGAACGAUAUGGUUGUUGCUGCUAUCAAAACCCUGAAGGAGCGCAACGGAUCGUCCCUGCAGGCCAUCAAGAAGUACAUCGCUGCCAACUACAAGUGCGAUGUCGCCAAGCUGGCCCCAUUCCUCAAGAAGGCCUUGAAGAACGGUGUCGAGAAGGGCAAGUUUGUCCAAACCAAAGGAACUGGUGCAUCCGGAUCGUUCAAGCUGAAGGCUGAGGCCAAGAAGGCCGCCGGCGAGAAAAAGCCCAAGAAGGCCGGUGAGAAGAAAGCCAAGAAGGCUACCAGUGAGAAGAAGAAGGCUGCCAAGAAACCAGCUGGGGAAAAGAAAGCCAAGAAGCCAGCCGGCGAGAAGAAAGCCAAGAAACCAGCUGCAGCGAAAAAAGCCAAAGCUGCCGGUGCAAAGGCCGCCAAAAAGGCCGGAGGUGUGAAGAAGGCCGCUGCCCCGAAACAAAAGGCCACCAAGCCAUCCAAGACCGCCGCAAAGAAGCCAAAGACCCCGAAACCGAAGAAGGCCGCCCCCGCCAAGAAAGCUGCCGCGAAGAAAACCGCCGCCAAGAAGUAAUCUGGCAAUUUUCGGA